AUGGCUGGCAGAAAUGUCAGUGUGAUAACUGAAUUCAUCCUCCUGGGUAUGACCGAUAACCCGGAACUGAAUACAGCCCUCUUUGUGCUGUUUCUCUUGAUCUAUGUCGUUACCGUGGUAGGAAAUAUUUGGAUUAUCGUGGUAAUUGUGUCCAGUGCCCAGCUUCAUUCUCCCAAAUACUUUUUCCUGAGCCACUUGGCUUUCUUGGAUUUUUGCUAUUCCUCAGUCUUUAUUCCUAAAAUGUUGCUGAACUACUUUGCAGGACAGAAAGUCAUCUCCUAUCAUGGUUGUCUCCUUCAGUAUUACUUUGUCAGCCUCUUCCUGACCACAGAAUGCUUCCUUCUGGCUGCCAUGGCCUAUGACCGAUACCUUGCCAUUUGCCACGCCCUGCAUUACAGAGGUCUCAUGACCCCCACAUUCUGCAUCUGCCUGGUGACUGCUUCUUACCUGCUGGGUUGUGCCAACUCACUCACCCACCUGAGCGGCUUGCUCCGGCUGUCUUUCUGUGGGCCCAAUGUUAUUGACCAUUAUUUCUGUGAUAUUCCUUUACUCUUCCGACUCUCUUGUUCUGACAGCCACCACAAUGAGCUUUUAUUCCUUGUCCUCUCUGGAGCGACCUCAGUGACAACCUUUUUGUUGGUAGCUAGCUCCUACCUGGGAAUUCUUAUCGUGGUCCUGAGAAUGAACUCCUCCAGGGGUAGGUACAAAGCCUUAUCCACCUGUUCCUCCCACCUGACUGUGGUAACUCUCUUCUAUGGAACAGUGAUGUCUACCUACCUGGGAACCAGCGCUCACUACCCGCAGGACAGACAGAAAAUUCUGUCUGUGUUUUAUACUCUUUUGCUGCCAAUACUAAAUCUUCUAAUAUACAGCAUAAGAAACAGAGAAGCCAAAGAAGCCAUGACAAGAAUAAUUAAGAGAAAAAUAUUUUCCCAUUGA